AUGCCUGCUCCAGCGCCAUUUCCGUCUCCGUUUCCCGCUCUCUAUCUCUAUCCAAUCAACGACUCAUUUAUUCCAAAGCAUAUUUCUCUCUUACACAACACACAUGUUAAAAUUGGACGACAAACAAACGCCAAAACCACUCCGGGCGAACGAAACGGUUACUUUGACUCCAAGGUGCUCAGUAGACAACAUGCCGAAGUUUGGGAGGAAGGAAACAAAAUAUUUAUUAAAGACGUUAAAAGCUCUAACGGGACCUUCAUUAACGGGGAGCGGCUCAGCCUAGAAGGUCUCGAGUCUGACCCAUAUGAACUUAAGAGCGAUGAUAAUGUUGAAUUCGGUAUUGAUAUCAUCGGAGAAGACAACAAAACCAUUGUUCACCAUAAAGUUGCCGCUCGCGUCAUGUGCAUCUUGUCAGAGCAAGAUGCUCAAAUAGCAGCGAGGGCGGAGCAGUACCAGAUGCAGCAAAUGCAACAGUUCGCUGGUCCCUCGUCGUCGUUAUCCCCUGCUUCUAACGGAUCUAUGAUUAAUCAGACGGGCCCAAGCUCGGGUCCAGGAUCCUCCAACUCUGCAUCGUUCAAUUUCUCCGGGCAACAACCCCCUCGCCGACCUCAAAUGUCGCAACAGGGAAUAUCUGGUAUGGGUGGUAUGGGAGGAAGUAUGAGACCUCCGGGUAAGAGCGGACUCACAUUUGAUCAUAUCUUGAAUCGUCUUCAAGGCGAACUCCAAAAGAGUCGUGAAACCGGCGCAGAGUUGCAUACACUUACUGGCGCAAUGAGUGACAUUCACGAUACCCUCGGUGGUGGCAAUUUGCCCACCACUGCUCCUCCGUUUCCUCACGCGUUACCUCCAGUCCGACCUCCUCAAUCGGCUGCCCCACCUCCUAGUCAACCUGAUGUCCCAUCCGCCCCUUCCACACAAGACCAACAGGAAUUGAUGUCGAACGAGCCACUAACGACUUCUACGACCACAACUCACUUCCAGAUGUCUUCAGCUUCCUCCUCUGCACUCUUAGUUGAGCUUCAGACGCAACUGAAAGACACACAGACUUCCCUUUCGCAGCACAUUGACAAAAUACGUGUACUAGAAGAUGCUUUAAAGGAACAGGAAGCCAUUCGUCGUGAAGUGCGUUUACUCCGGGACAUGAUGGACGCUGUUCAGAGGCACGAUGAACCUUCCCAGAAUACCACGUCGCACAAAACUCGUCGACAGUCAAACGUAGAACCUCAAGGAGGCUUUGACGUAGACGAAGAAGAAGAGACCGAUAACUUCGACGACGAGUUCGAAGAUGACUCCCGCAGCGUGGGCACAGCUGUUCCACACGAGCUUGAACGAGUUGAUGAAGAGGAUGAAGAAUCUGCUUCCACAGCAGACGACGAGUCUCUUCCCAGUCAGGUGGAUGAGCUCGAUUUGGAGAUGGCUGUACGAGAAGAGGCGCGCCUUCAACCUUCCGCUCCUGAUGGAGCUUUUGACGGCGAAUUUGAAGACAACGAAGUGGAGGAGGAGGAACAGCCUCAGGAACUUGGUCGACCCCGAACGCCUGAACCUAGUCACCUAGGUAUGGGUACCUCGAGAUCAAAAGCUUUGAAUUCUCCUCCAAAACACUCUCAAGGUCUUUCGAGUACUGUGGUCGAUGAGCUGACCACCCGGCUCACCACCCUCUCCGCUCAACUUGAAUCCGCAUUAGCCUUAUCGAGCACACUCCAAGCACAACAUAGCACUGCCCAAUCAACGAUCUCCGCUUUGGAAAGCAAAGUAGAAGCACUCGAGAGUUUGGUCACAGCCACUCUUAGCGCUCAACAGCGUCAACCGGCCGUGACUACCGAAGAGCAGACAGCUCCACAACGCGCAGAACGUGAAUCCUUGAUAAGUAUGGUCGUGGAAUGGAAAAAGUCUGUUGAAGGUCAAUGGAGCAAUGUCCAAGAGGAAUGGAAUCAAGAACGCGAGCGACUCAACCGCGCUCGUGAAGAAUGGGAGAGCAAAGUACGGCUUGUGGAUGAUGGUCUUGAGCGUAUGGAGCGCAUGCGAAAUGUUGCUCUUUCCAAAGAUACACCCCUUUUCCAUGGAAACGGUGAUAUCAAACAUGGUUUAGUUACCCCGCCCAGCCCACGCAGUCUCUCUUCCGAUUCUAAUCGUCCACGGCGAAAACGCUCGGGGUCCGGUAGAGGGAGAACAGGUUCCAAAAAGCGUAGUCUGUCUCGGGGUGCAGAGACGGAUGACACAGAGGCCACCCUGGCAAACGAGGAACCUCAUGUCUUCGAGAAAGCGGCGUCGAAACUCAUAGCAUCUACUCAAACCAAUCAACAUUCAGAAUUGACGAGUGGGAGUCCUCUGGCGGUUUCUGAACCCUCUGCAAACCCGUUCGCGCACAGCGAUCAUGCCGAAGAUUCAUUGGUGCCAGCUCGAACCACGAAAGCCCCUUCUAUCAACGAUCAUAAUAAUCGAGUCAAUAUGCAAACUGCUGUUGGAGUGUUGGUACUGAGCGUGGCAGCAGCAGCAGUAAUUUGGCGCAUCAAACCGGACCAUGUAUAA